CAUCCGUCUUUUCCUAUGUGCUAUUCUUCUAUCUCUUCAGAAACUUUGAACUCUGGAAAUCUGUUUUUGCUCUGAAAUCUCUGAAGAAAAGGAGGAAGACAUGUCGAAGUCUUGCAAAGGAUUAGCGAUGGAACUAGUCAAGUGCUUAAGUGAAACUGAUUGUAUUAAGGUUGAGAAGAGAUCAUACAAAGAAUGUGCUGGUGAAAAGUGUCCUUCAAUUUCAGCUGAGUGUAUUGGGCUAAGAGAGACUUAUUUCAAUUGCAAAAGAGGCCAGGUUGACAUGAGAGCUAGAAUUCGUGGAAACAAGGGCUACUAGUAGAACGAGCGGGUGCAGGAAAUGAGAUUUUACUUCUGCUGCUGUCAAAAUUUUUGGUUUGAAGUGAAUCUGUCGGUGACAAUACACUAUUGAAGACUGUAUAAAUGCAUCUAGCUGGCUGUUCUUUAUGUUCUUCAUUAUGUCGCAGUUUGCAUGAAAUUCUUAGACAGAAAAGAAUCGGUUCUUUACAUCGGUGUUUUGUAGAUGAUUGACACAAAAUACGAAAAAUGCACUUAAAGUAGAAAAUAGCUGAAAAUGGUGGUGAUUUUUAUGAGCUUCUGAGAUUUAAUCAGCAGUUACUUUUGAUUUUGUGUCAAUUUUCUUCAUA